AUGCAGGGCUGCAAGAACUGCAAAGGAGUUUGUGUCUUGCUCCUGGGCAUCUCCAUUGCCAUCUUUCCCACAAUGCGCCGGGCUAUCGGCUGCAUUGAUGGAGCUGCGCAGGCUAUUUGGGAGGAGCCUCCGUGGCUGCUGCGGUUGCCUGCUGUAGAGAUGAUGAUCAAGACGCUGUUCUCCAUCAGCUGGCUGAUCUUCUUCAGCUUCGUCAUCACAAGAUUCGAGUGUUGCGAGUUGCCGCAGGACCCGCCGACCUUGGACGUCAAUGGAACGCCGGUCUACACGCGGAUUCGGAGGUUUUACAUCUUUGUCUAUGUUGGAUACCUUUGGACACUGGAAACCCUUAGCCUGAUUUUCCACUUCGCAGCCAGCUUCUAUGCUGUAAGCUGGUACUUCACACCAUGCAGGGCCGAGGGCAACAAAGUGGUGGAGACGUGGCUGUGGCGAACUGGAAUUGCAUACGCUUUGAGGUACCAUUUGGGCAGUAUGGCCAUGGGUGGUUUUAUGACGAUGCUCUUCCGCCCCAUCCACACGCCGAUGGCCGUCUUGGCAAAGCUCGAGCCUCGCAGCUGGUUAAAGCUGGCGAGAGGAAGGCUCCGCGGUUCAGCUGAAUGCAAGGUGGAAAACCGAAUUGCAGUUAUUGUGGCAUCAAGCUUCAUGAGCCUUUUCGAUGUCGUGUUCGACACGCUGAUCUUCUGUUGGCUGGCAGACCUGCAGCCGACCGCCCUGGGACAGCCGCAGGGCCGAAAGGAGCUUUCCGAUGCGGAGAUAGAUGUGGAGUUCGGUCGGCAACCGGCUGGGGGUCCAGGCAGCCCAUCGAACCAAGAUGGACGAGAAGCAGCAAAGAGGGAAGCAGCACGAAAAGCUGCUGCAGAGCAGGAUGCCCUCCGUAAAGCAGCCGAGCAAGAGGCACUUCGGGAAGCCGCAGAACGUGAAGCAUCGCGGAAAGCAAAGCAAGCCCGCGAAGCACAGGAAGCGGAGCGUGCCAAAUGGCGGAAGCUCCAAGAGGAGGAGGCUGCACGCCAGAAAGCGAAAGAGGAGAAAGCAAAGGAGAUCGAGCUAGCAAGAGCUGCUGCGGAGGAGAUCCGGAGGGCUCAGUUUGAGGAGGAAGAGAGGAAGCUGCAGUCCUCACAACCUCUGGCUCCCAUACCAGCCCCAGCCGUGCCAGCUUCGAAAGAAGUCGCCGACACUGCCGUGGAAGCGGAGCCGGAGGAAGCUGCAUCGGCUGCCCAAGCCGAGGAAGCACCGACAAUUGCAGCCUCAGCUGUGCCGGAGGCAGAAGCCUCCGAGGCCCCGGCGGUGCCUGAUAGGCCCGAAGAAGUCGCAACGGCUGAGAGCAACUCGGCUCCUGUGGGUGCACCGGCUGAGGAGAGGAGCCGCCAAGCCCCCGAACGCCCCGAAGGGGAUUCGCUACAGGCAGCAGAGCAGUCAGAGGUUUUCAAGGCCGUGGGCCAAACGGAUCCUUUCGCGGCGCCUUCAGAGGCGAAGCGGGAGCUACAGUACCUCUGUCAGUCGGGAAAAUCGAUUCCGCCAGGUGCCUUCGACACUGAACUGGGUUGCAGUGGCAGUCCAAGUUGUGGUGAUGUGCGGGGAAAAUGCCGUUCUCGGCCAGAUGCUUCCUGGAAGCCUGCAAGCCUUUCCAAGGACUUCGAGUCUGCUUCGCCCAAAGUCGAGCCCGAAAAGGCUGGUGAGUCUGGUGUUGCCGUGCCGACCUCAGGUAGCCGGUUGCAGUGUGUUUUCAGCUCGCGCUGGGUGGGAGACCACGCGGUUCGUCCGCCGUAUGUAGCCGCCGUACUGCUAAGCCUGGGGGUUGAGGAGAUGCAGUUCUGCGGGAGGCUUGACGCAUGCAAGGGCAACAUCGAAGACGAAGAAGAUGGCGAAGGGGGAUCAUGCGAGUUGGAGCUGGUGGAGGGCCCAAUCGUCAUCGACGAGUACUUCGACUUCUAUGACCCUUACACGAAGAGGGCCGAGGUGCUGGCAUUGACUGAAGAAGUGAAGCACCAGCGGCCGGCAUUAGGUUUGGCGCACAAGAUUGACAUUGGAGACCAAUCUUCAGACGGUUCGCCACUUGAUGCCCUGACCCCAAAGACGAGAGCUCGUUGUGAGGUCGAGGUCUUGACCAAGUGGGGUGUCAUAGCAGGCAAGCUGAUUUUCUCGCAAGUGCUGACUCUCACCACGAUGAGUAGCAUCUAUGUCAUUCGUGCACAGCAGGCCAGGGUCGAAAAGAACUCGCGAGUGUGGAGGCGAAUCGAAGGAAGAGCGCGAAGGGUAGUCAGUCAGGCCGCCCACCUUGCGGCCCGUGUGAUAGAAGAGCCAGGGGACACGCUGCACAACCAGUGGCGCCUGGCCCAAGGAGGGGCCUUGUCUGAGCUUUUCACGACAGAAUACGUUGACACUUUGAUGAUACUGGCGAAAGCCAGCUCGAAGCUGGUGGCGGUUCAGCCAGUCCUCACCGAGGCCAGAGUUCCUUGUCGAAUCUUUGGCGACAUCCAUGGUCAACUCCGGGAUCUGCUUCUGAUUUUCGCCGCCUUCGGCUUCCCUGGAAGCAAAGAGGACAAUUUGAAUGACCUCGAAAUGUCUUAUGUUUUCAACGGCGACUUCGUCGACAGGGGAGCGCACUCCCUGGAAGUCAUUGGACUGUUGCUGGCCUUGAAAGUCUCAAUGCCGGACCGUGUCUGGCUGGUUCGUGGAAACCACGAGGAUCGCACCAUGAAUGCCAGAUAUGGCUUCUGGGAGGAAUGCCACGAUCGUCUUGGUGACACAUUCGGCCGCAAAACUUAUGACCUUUUUCAGACUACAUUUGACCAGCUACCGAUCGCUUGCCUCGUCGCCAACAAGAUCCUCUGUGUGCACGGAGGUGUGGGGGAUGGGAGGUGGGAUCUUAAUGAUCUGCGAGCUGUCAGACGACCUUUGAGCCAACAGGAGCUUUGUUCGGCGAAGCUGCGUUGGGUCCACAACAUUCUGUGGUCAGAUCCAAUCGAGGAUGAUCGUGAACAGCGAUCUGAAGAAUCAGGCCCUGUCUUCGGUGUGCAUGAAUCGCCACGGAACACAACUGCGGUCCUCUUUGGUUGGGAUGUAACAAAGACAUUUUGUGCCAAGAACGGUAUCAACAUGGUCGUGCGCAGCCACCAGUCCAAGAAGGAUGGAAUAGGUGUUGAUGUGAUGCAUGACAACAUGCUGAUCCGAGUGUUCUCAGCACGCGAUUACGAGGGCCACGGAAAUGAUGGCGCAGUCCUUCUCGUACAGCCAACCGACGAGGGAGAUGCCCAAUGCUGUGAUCGGCCAGAACAGAUCAUGGUGAGAGCGCAGGUUCUUGGAUCGUUCGCCAAGGCGACGGCCAAUGCCAGCCGUGGAGCUCUUUACCGCCUCAACGUGUCACAGGACAUCGGGCGUUGA